ACGAGAGGUGUCAAUUUUUAGACAGGGUUGGACUUUACAUUCCGGCAUUGUUGUAGAUUGAUAGAUUUUGAUGCACCUUUUAGAAAUUGUAAAUAAGAAAAAAACGCGUUUGUUUUGAUUUGUGAUUGUGACAAUUUGUGAUUAGUAUUCUCCUUCGCAUUCAGUUUAAUUUAUGAACAUAGAAAAAUGAGCGAUAAAAAUGGUAAUCCAUACAAUCUGGAUGGGCCGAGCUUCGACGCUGAUAGGUAUCUGGAGAAGUUGCUAAAGGAGUACACGUUAAAAGAAAUUAUGGACACUGAAUCAGCCGUAAUAAAAGAUACUCAAACCCUACACAGCGACAUGCAAACUCUGGUCUACGAGAACUACAAUAAAUUCAUUUCCGCAACUGAUACAAUACGCAAAAUGAAAUCUGACUUCAAGAAAAUGGAAACUGAUAUGAACCUGCUCGCUUCAAAAAUGUCAUCCAUUACCAAAUUCAGUGAACAAAUAACUGGCACUCUACAGGGCACAAGAUCGCAGCUAUGCAAAUUAUCCGAGAAGCAUUCACUUUUGAAACGUUUACAAUUUCUCUCAUCGCUUCCGGCCAAAUUGAAAACUCUAAUCGACGAAGAAAACUACGCUCAGGCUGUUCAGGAUUAUACGCAUGCCCAAAAAGUUCUUGCACAAUAUGGAAAUCAACCCUCAUUUCAAGGUAUCCAGAAAGAUUGUGAGGCGACUAUAGAGGAUUUGAAAGAACGUUUAAAAAAGGAUUUCCAAAUGGCUGGGACGACAGCUCAGUCGUUAACUGAAACGGGAGAAUUGCUGUUGCAGUUGAAUGAAAGUCCUGGUGAUUUAGCUAGGGAGAUGUUGCAGAGCGCGUCGAAGAGACUGCAUGAACAGGUUGUUAUGCUUCAGGAUCAAACUGAGCGCGACAUGAUCGAAUUUGUCGACCUCGGUAUUGAAGGCUUUCUUAAUGAUUUAACUCUGGUUGUAAGCUCUUACUACGAUAUGUUCUUAUCGAAGCAUAUGGAGUCAGAAGGCGAUGAUUUCCAAGACAAAGCUGGAGCCAGUUUGAAUGAGUUCGUUAAUAAAAACAUGGAAAAAUACCUUGCACUUGUGCAGGAUCGUGUUGAAACCGAGACUGGUUGUGGUGAUACGCAAAUAAUGCUUCGAGCUCUGGAUAGGUUGCAUCGCAGACUUUUGGCAAUGAGAAAUCUUUGCAGAUUUGUAGAUAUGAGCAACAAAACGGCUAUUGACAUAAUAAUCAGUGCCGCUCACCAGUUAUGUGAUGUGCAUUCAAAGACCUUGAAAGACCAUUUUUCAGAUACAUUGAGCUCAGUACGAUUAUCGCUUGUUUCGGCUAAAAGCGACAGCGGCUCAUCGAAUGGCCCGAAUCUCAUCGAGCUCAUACAGACCUUAUUUGUAUCGACUCGCGAAAAAGUCAAAGGUGUUCUGCAAGAUUUACUUGUUUUUCUGCAGAAUGAUUGGUCAUUCAGCAUCAAAUCAGACUAUAAGGGGACAUUAUGCGUCGAAGGCAUACGAGAAAAUCUUUUGAUUGGAUUCCUACGUCAUAUUUCGAAAGUAAUGACAUCGUUUGGUGAUUCUAGUUCUUCCAGUCCGCCAAAUUUGCUGCUCGUUCUAUCGAAAACUUGCUUGGAGAUGGAUCAAAGUGGUGUUCAUACUUUGAUAUCGCUGGUAGAUGAUUUGUAUGAGAUUGACUCCGACAACAGCGCAGUAUUAACACAUGAAACAGAGAUUUGUGCUGAAAUGAGAGAGGCUGCGCAAUUCCUCUUGGAUUCGUAUGUUCGAUUGCAAGGAACCAACAUUUCUCAGAUGUUGCGAAAAAGUGUUGAAACCCGCGACUGGCUGAAUUGUUUGGAACCUAGAUCGGUGAGAGCUGUGAUGAAGCGAGUAGUUGAGGAAUUGGCUUCCAUUGAAGUAGUCUUAGCCAGCUUGUACGAAACGGGGGCCCGCACGGCAGCUAGUAGCGAUUCGAGUCGAAAAACCCAUUUCAGUAGUCUCACGGCAUCCAAACAACAGUAUCGCUCGAAUUGGUCAACCUACACACCAUCUCAGUUAGAAUCCAGUUAUGUAUCAAAUAUUCACCGCUUGUUCUCGGAACGUAUUGAGAUAUUCACAUCCGUAGAAUUCUCCAAGGUUUCCAUUGUGACAGGAAUCAUUAAAAUAGGCUUAAAAACGCUCCUUGAAUGCGUUCGACUACGGACAUUCAGCAAGUUUGGACUCCAACAAAUUCAAGUCGAUACCCACUAUCUGCAGAUGAAUCUUUGGCGUUUCGUUACUGACGAGAAUUUGGUGAACUUUUUGCUGGAUGAGAUCCUAGGUUCAGCCGUUCAUAGAUGCUUGGAAUCUAUUUUGAUGGAACCAAAUGCAGUUGAAAUCAUAUGUGAACGUGGUUAGUAUCAAAGAUUGAAGAACAUGUUUUUGUGAAUAACAUUUUUGCUCUUCCACGGCAUUAUGUAGCUUAAUCUAAUGGAAUAUGUUAAGUAUGGUAAUGAUAUUGAACCAUUCCUUAAAUAUUUAUAAUUUAUUUAUUGUUAUAUUUUGUUUUUAAAUUUAAAUAAAA